CCCGCCUCCAAUCGGCCGUUUCACAAACAGGUAAAUUCAGCUUGUAAACAGAAGACACUGGACAUGGAGCUACUGGAGAGCGUCCCUUAUCUGGACCAGCUACUGGACUUUCUCAAGGGGAAGGAGGAAUGGUUACCUAGGAGUCUCACCGGUCGGGCUGUUCUAGUGGGAACAAUUGCCGGAGUAACCAUUUAUCUGAUCAGCAAGAAGAGGUACAAUCUACCCCCUGGACCCCGAGGAUGGCCAUUACUUGGGAACCUCCUAGAGUUCAGGAACAAAACUAUCUACGAGAAGUUGACGGAGUGGAAGGCUGAGUAUGGUCCAGUUGUGAAGUUCAAUAUGGGACAUAUGACAAUGAUCGGACUGAACAAUAUUGACGUCGUGAUGGAGGCGCUGGUUAAAAGACAGGCUGAUUUUGCAGGGCGGCCCGAUUCAUAUACCGCGAACCUCUUUAGUGAUGGAGGGAAGAAUAUCGUCUUCGGUGACUACAGCCCUACUUGGAAACUACACAGGAAGUUGGCAACAAAGGCAUUGAAACACUACAUGACUGGUAACCACCUCGACGAGGGGAUAGAGCGCUCACUGACCAAAGGCAUCGCGAUGAUAAAGGAGAUUAAGGGGCCCUUCAAUCCUCAUCACGCUGUCUCCCUCAUUGUGUUCAACAUCAUCAACAAUAUCUGCUUCAAUUUCACAUGCGAGGUCAGUGACAACUACUUCAGAAAGAUGCUGCAUCUUCUGAAUAUCUUUGUGGAAGACACCGGCAACGGCUUUCUUGAGGACGUAAUUCCACCUCUCCGUCUCUAUCACACCAAGAAGCUUAGAACUAUCCUGAAAGAAAUGGGUAUAUUCUUAGCUUCACUGAAUGGAGAAAUUGACAAACAUCGACGGACCAUACGUAAAGAUAACAUCCGUGAUUUCUGUGAUGCCAUGUUGUUGGCUCAAGAAGAAGCCUAUCAGGAGGAGGACCCGGAUGUGAUGUCACAAAUGACUGACGCCCAUAUCACUCAAACUCUGUCUGAUAUAUUUGCCGCUGGGAUGGACACCUCUCGCUUCACCCUGCUGUGGACCCUACUUGCCCUGGCAGAACAUCCAGACAUUCAAAACAAGCUUCACUCUGAGAUCGACGACGCACUGGGUGAACGUCAAUUCCCCAGUGUAUCAGACAGGAGUAGUCUCCCUUACACUGACGCUGUGCUGCACGAGAGUAUGAGGCUCCACACUGUGGUACCAAGCGGACUUCCCCACAAAGCACUGUGCGAUACGAAAGUCGGUGGUUAUGACAUUCCAAAAGGAACAACCUUGGUCAUCAACCACUACGAGCUGCAUCAUGAUCCAGAGCAAUGGAGUGACCCGCAUAUAUUCAAUCCAGAUCGGUUCCUUGACCAGAAUGGCAAGAUGGCUACCAAACCAGAGAGCUGGCUUCCGUUCUCCGCGGGAAGAAGAGUUUGUCUCGGAGAGAGCGUGGCGAAGCCGGAACUGCAUCUUCUGCUGGCUGGAAUCAUGAGGCAUUUCAAAGUGUCCCUCCCACCUGGAGCUAAGGUGAACACAGAGCCACGUGGAGGAUCUUUCUUAAACGUACCACAGGAUUAUGAACUCACCUUUGUAUCGAGACUAUAG